AUGGAAAACAUUUUCAGGAAGAUAGCACAGGAUACCACCAAAUUCAAUCUCGGAGAUGAAGAGGGCUGGAGAAAACUGUACGAACCAUUGUAUGCCGAAGUCCCUGACAGCAUCGACACUGUGAAGGAUGAACAGUACGGGCCCGCCGAUCUUCCUAACGUCGAGUACCCUGGAGGAGCCGAUGAUAUGCAGCUUGCUCGGGAAUGGGUUUUCCAAAACAUCGAAGCAGCAAAAUAUGGACGAGGAUCACCGGAGAAGGUUGUGCUUCUCGGUCACUCCUCUGGUGGCGCACACAUUGCUACCAACUUGUAUGCGGCAGGCGAUCCGAAACGGAAGCCGAAAGCCUCAAUCUUCCCGCCUGUUGCGGGGGUUAUCUACCUAAGUGUACCGUUCUGGUUUGAUAGAACUAAACCUGUUCGACAAAAGGUCAUCCGCCAUUAUUACGGAUCGGAUUCUGAGGCGGUUUGGGGGCCUUUAUCGCCGCUCGGAUUGUUUAAGUCUCUGCCAGAAGGUUCGCCAUUAUUAGACUCCGAGCAGUUACCAGUCUACAUCGGCAGCGUCAAAUGGGAAGUGAAAGAGACGGCAGAUGCUACUGUGGCUUUCUUUAAUGCCUAUCGGGAACGGAGCCUUCCUCUAGGAACGCUCCCGGUUUUUCAUGUACAAGACAAUCAUAAUCACGUCAGCAACGUUCUAUCUAUUGGCACUGCGGACUCUGCGCAGGCAGAAAAAUUAUUGGAGUUCAUGAAAUCUUGCGUGGAAAAGGUAGAUCAAAGAACACAGCGUACGCAUUCUGUUGACUCCUAA